CACCGUUGUUGUUGUUGUCCUCGCCCUCCCCGCCCGCCGCCUGAAGCGAGGAGGAGACCUUCCCCUUCCUCUUCUCCUCUGCCAGCCGAAGUUCCCAGGCGGCCCCGACCCCACCCCAGGCGCAGGAGGAGGAGGGCGGCGGCGGCGGCGGCAGCAGCAACCUAGACAUGAGGCGCGCCGAGGACUUGGAGGGCUUCGACGGAGAAGCGUCGAGCACCUCCAUGAUCUCGGGCGCCAGCAGCCCCUACCAGCCCACCACCGAGCCCGUCAGUCACGGCCACGGGUUGCGAGGCCUCCGCUGCGACCCCGAUUACCUGAGGGGCACCUUCGGAAGGCUCAAGAUCGCCCAGGUGGUUUUGGCAUUGAUUUCCUUCAUCUGCAUAGAAACCAUCAUGGUAUGCUCCCCUUGUGAAGGCCUUUAUUUCUUUGAAUUUGUCAGCUGUAGUGCAUCGGUAGUUACUGGAGUUUUGUUGCUUAUGUUCAGUCUAAAUCUCCAUGCAAGAAUACCACAGAUCAACUGGAACAUUACAGAUUUGGUCAAUACUGGACUCUGCACUUUUUUCUUUUUCAUUGCAUCUGUAGUACUUGCUGCUCUAAACCAUAACAAAGGAGCAGAAAUUGCAGCUGUGAUAUUUGGUUUUCUGGCAACUGCAGUUUAUGCUGUGAAUUUAUUUUUAGCUGUUAAAAAUUGGAGAAUUAACAGCCGACAACAAAACACAAGGCAGACCAGUGAUUAUAUGCGUGCUCGGACAGAAUCCAGAGAAGUAGAUCAUCGCCCAGAGAUUCAGCGUCUGGAUGGGUGAAAAUCUCACGCAAAAUGGGAUUUCCCAGAAGAAGAAAAACAAAAGCCUACAGACUUUU